AUGUCUGCUUGCCAAGCUAAUCCUCUAACGCAGUUCGUCACUAAAGGUGAGCAACACCCUGGAUUUAUACAUAGAUUCAGUCAUGAGAAUAGUAACCAACAUCAGUUACACAUAAAUGCACCUGAGGGUGUAUUUUUAUAUGGCCAGGAUGUUGCUGCAGGUAACAGAUUUAUGGGCGGAAUACAUCAAGGUCCUGCUCCUAUCACUACCGCCGUUCCAGUAGUACCACCAGUACAACAACAGCAACAACUUCAUCACCAACAAGUGCAACGAGAACAACAAGCACUGCAUCAGAGUAGUGGCAACGGUAGUUGGCUUUCUCAGUUUCAUUCUAUGAAGAUAGAAGACCCACUAGAGUUUUCACAAGAUUACAAAAAAAUGUACAGCUCAUAUGAGAAGUCAACAGCACCUAUGGUACGGUUUCCUAUGACUACUUACCAGCCUAAUUAUAACAUGAUUUCAAGAGAUGUAACCAAAAGAGAGGUGCCGGGAGAGAAGCAGGAUGCAUUUGCGGCUGAAUUUAACGCCUUGGAAAAAGAAUUAGAAGAUGUUGAAAAGAAAAGACCUAUUUUCGAUCAAGAACAAGAAGAAUUUCAAAAACUCGCCAACGAAAUUGUAGACUCAUGUUCAACUAGCCCUUCAACGAAACUGAGGAGUUCUAAAUUCAUGGGGUUGAUGAAAGGUAUUGGAGAAGGAUCUGUGACUUUGAACAAACAAAAAUCCAAACAUGCUACCGAAUUGCAUUCUCCUUAUACGGAGCAAAGAGUUGGUAAUGAAUAUUUCCCUGUAAAGGAUAGCACUUUGCAUUACGAGUAA